AUGUCGGGCUCCAAGACCCGCUUCUUCAAUUCACUGUUCAACAAAUUUCUGCCUCCGGACUUCGAGCGGCAGCAGUAUCCGCCCUACCAUCCCGGCGAACCUCACUUCGCUGUUCCGCAAUAUGCAAGUCCACAGUACAAUCCCGAGCAGUACCUGAAUGGUCAGACGGCCCAGCAUACAGGCGCGACGGCGAAUGACUAUGCUCGUCAACACAACGGCAACUCAUUCCAGAGCGGAACACACGCCAGCGACCACGCUCAUCUCUACAACAAUGCCGUGCACAAUGGUCACUACAGCCCUUGA